UCGAACCCAAACAGAAUCAAAACAAAACACGUGAAAAUUAAAUAAAGCUAAGAUUUAUUUGAAUUUUCUGAUAAUAAUGUCGUCCUCAAGUGAUUCUUCUGAUGUAUCUGAACACGAAGCAAGCGGAGAUGAAGAGACACAGAGUGCAAUUCGCGAGGAUCUCAAGGGAAUGACUCUCGAGGAGAUUAUGCAGCUGAAGGAGGAGCUGGGCGCUAAAGUAUACAAGGAGGCAGUGCUAGGCAGCAAGAGCGUUACGAGAAAGCAGCCGAAAGCAAAGAGUGAACUUAAGCGACUAAAUAAAAAUCGACCUCGCGAAAUAAGUGCAAAGCGUCAGGUGCCAUUUUUGGGCGCCGAGCAGCGAGUGGAGCGUAAAAACAAGGAGACGGAGUUGCGUGAUCCAAGAUUUGAUGAAAGAUCUGGCAACUAUAACGUUGAUACAUUUAAGAAAAACUACAAAUUCGUAACAAAUAUUCGGCACAAUGAAGUCAAUAAGCUAAAGAAUCAAUUGGACAAUGUGGAAGGCGAAGAGAAGCAGAAGAUCAAGCACACGAUGCAAAGACUGAUCAACAAGAAUGUAGAGGAUAAAAAGUGGCAUGCGAAGCAAGCACAAUUGGAGAAGGAACGCAAAGCUAUACAAAAAGCACACGCCGAGGGACGACAGCCACACUAUGUCACUAAAAAGGAGCGACGUGCCAAGGAACUGGUGGCACAAUUUGAGCAUCUCAAGAAGACGGGCAAGCUGAAUAAACAUUUGGAGAAACGCAGGAAAAAGAACGCUGCCAAGGAUCGCAAGCGCAUUAGCAUAGAAUAAACA